CACAUGAAUUUUGAAUCAUUGAAUUUUAUAGACGCAAAAUCUGAAGCCCUCAGGCGAAUCUGUUUCCCUGGCCAUAGCCUUGGUCCAUCUGUUUAUUCUGGCCCUUAAGGAGUUAAUAAAGAGUAUUCGUUUAACAAGUCUGAAUGGAGUGUCGUGAUGUUCCUGCUAGCAGCAGAGACCUGACCAGACCCUGAAUCUCUCAUGAGCAGUUCCACUGUGCUUGGCGUCGUCUUAGACAUCUUCGGAACAUUGCUGCCCGGAACAUUGUUAAUAGAAAUGGCCAUCAGCUCCUUGAUACCUACUUCACCCUUCACUUGUGUAAUAAUGAAAAGAUAUAUAAAGAUGAAAAGGGCCUGGGAAGUGUUGUCGUCCUUUGUGUCGAGAAGGAACAUAAACAGUUGGGUUGCUGUUUGUCCUAAAGUUUGGACCUCCCUUCUCAACUCACACUCCUACAUUCAGUUGCCUGCUGUAUAUCUCUGCUUGGAGUCUAAAUUUUAUAGAAGUGAAGUGAUUAAGAAUUCCUUGAACCCAACGUGGCGGAGUCUUGAUUUUGGAAUAAUGCCAGACCGUCUUGAUACAUCUGUGUCUUGUUUCCUGGUGAAGAUAUGGGGUGGGAAGGAGGAUGUCUACCAGCUGCUGAUUGAGUGGAAAGUCUGCUUGGAUGGGCUGAAAUACUUGGGUCAGCAGAUUCAUGCCCGCAACCAAAACGAAAUAAUUUUUGGGCUGAAUGAUGGAUACUAUGGUGCUCCAUUUGAACAUAAGGGUUAUUCAAACACUAAGAAGAAUAUUCCUCUUCAUGUGGAUCAGAACUGCGUUCGCAAUUCUUACGAUGUCUUCUCUUUGCUGCGGCUUCAUAGAGCCCAGUGUGCAAUUAAACAGACUCAGGUAACUGUUCAGAAAAUUGGAAAGGAAAUUGAAGAAAAACUAAGACUCACUUCUACAAGCAAUGAAUUGAAAAAAGAAAGUGAGUGCCUGCAAUUAAAAAUCUUGGUGCUUCGAAAUGAACUGGAAAGACAAAAGAAAGCUUUGGGACGGGAGGUGGCCUUACUGCAUAAGCAGCAAAUUGCAUUACAGGACAAAGGAAGUACAUUUUCAACCGAGCACCUCAAGCUUCAACUCCAGAAGGAAUCCCUAAGUGAGCUGAGGAAGGAGUGUACUGCGAAAAGAGAACUCUUUCUGAAGACUAAUGCUCAGUUGACAAUUCGUUGCAGGCAGUUACUAUCUGAACUUUCCUACAUUUACCCUAUUGAUUUGAAUGAGCAUAAGGAUUAUUUUGUCUGUGGUGUCAAGUUGCCCAAUUCUGAGGACUUCCAAGCAAAAGAUGAUGGAAGCAUUGCUGUUGCCCUUGGUUACACUGCACACUUGGUCUCCAUGAUUUCCUUUUUCCUGCAAGUGCCCCUCAGAUAUCCUAUAAUUCAUAAGGGAUCUAGGUCAACAAUCAAAGAUAAUAUCAAUGACAAGCUGACAGAAAAGGAGAGAGAGUUUCCAUUAUACCCAAAAGGAGGGGAGAAGUUGCAAUUUGAUUACGGUGUUUAUCUUCUGAACAAAAAUAUAGCACAGCUAAGAUAUCAACAUGGACUUGGGACUCCAGACUUGAGGCAAACCCUUCCUAACCUGAAAAACUUCAUGGAACAUGGACUGCUGGUCAGGUGCGACAGACAUCACACCUCCAGUGCAAUCCCUGUUCCAAAGAGACAAAGCUCCCUAUUUGGGGGUGCAGAUGUGGGCUUCUCCGAGGGCACCCCUUCGCCAGACAAAGGACACCGAAAACGGGCCAGCUCGGAGAACGAGAGACUCCACUACAGAGCCCCCCCUCCCAGCUACAGCUCCGCAGUAGCCCAGCCUGUGACCACCAUCCCCUUCCUGGGAGAAUCAGAGAGAAAGACAACACCUCUGUCCUCCUCCUUGGAUACCUCCUUGGACUUCUCCAAAGAAAACCAGAAAAAAGGAGUCGAUUUAGGUGACAGCUUAACUGGAGGCCACGGGAGUGUGAAUACCAGCCAGGAACAAGGAGAAGCCCUCCCUGGGCAUCCAGCCACAGUGAAUGGCUCUCUCCUACCCAGCGAGCAGGCGGGCACCGCCAGCGGCCAGCUUCCGGGUGAGUUCCAGCCCGUCUCAGAAGCUGAGCUCCGCUGCGCCGUGGAGCAAGCAGAAGAAAUCAUCGGGAUGGAAGCCACAGGUGUCACCUCCAGUGAUCAGCUCGAGGCAUUUAACUGCAUCCCAGUGGACAGCGCUGUGGCCGUGGAGUGUGACGAGCAGGUUCUGGGGGAGUUUGAAGAGUUCUCCCGAAGGAUCUAUGCACUGAAUGAAAACGUGUCCAGCUUCCGCCGUCCACGUAGGAGUUCUGAUAAGUGAAGUGACAGGCAGGCGGUAGGACCAGGACGCGGUUCCGCCUAAAAUGAGGAUGACGCUGCACUGGUUACCCUUUGUAAUGAUUACGACAAAAUAAAUAUUGAUGGAGGGCGUUCCUCAGAGAAACAGACUUUGUGGGUGAAGGAGGGACUCGGGGUCCUCGUGCGUCAGUGGACCAGGCAGAGUUAGCUUUGCUUUUCAGGCCUGGCCGUUGCUUAAGGCAGAGUCACUGUCUAGCUCAAGUCCCUUACAGGUUUGUGUCUGCUUUUUUAUUUACACGUCUAUGCUAUCCUCAGAGGGAAGAUGAUAAUAUAUAAAUAAUAUAAUGAACUCACCUUUAGUUUCUCAAGCAUUUGCCCUCACCAGUUUAUAAAACUUUGGGAAAAUUGAAUGUUUAGAAAAAGAUUUCUACCAUUUACUGAAGGAUCUUGGCCAUCCACUGGGCUGAUGAAUACGAAGCACAAUAGUCUCCUUAGACCCAGGCCCACCUGCCCCUGCCUGCCCCAGGCUCCAUGGGCAACCUAGAGGUUCCACUGUUGCCCAUUGUGCAGUGGGUGGGUUGUGCACCCUGAAAACUGAGGACAUCAGAUUCACUGGUUCUUGUAGCUCUGACCUUCCACCUCCUCUUAUCAGCCCUCCAGUUAGGUGAGAAAUCUCGUCUUCGGUGGAUCCCAGGGGCCAAGGACCCCGGGGUUGCUAUAGUCAGAUGGCAUCCAAUCCCCUUUGAGGGCCAAAGCUUUUAUGUGGCAGAGGCUGCAGUCAGAACUGGGCAUGCUCCCUGGCAGUGCACCCACCAGUCGGAGCCCUAGUGUGGAUCCCAUGUGAAUUUGAAUUAAGACACUAUAUGUGAUGAAAUAAUGUAGAGUCAGGCUGUCCAAUGAGCAGGCUGUGAGGCCGUUGAGGUCGUUGACUAAGAGACUAGAUGAGGCAUAGAAUACUAUAGGUAUGUGUGCAAUUGCAUAAAUAUUAAAUUAUGUUUUUGAAGUCCAAUUGUCAUUCCUGGAGCUCAGAUUUCAUUUGCUAUUGCUUUAUAUUUUAUAUACCCAAGGACAUCGCCUCAGGGUCGCAAGCUCUUUAAGGAAAAUUUAUCCAUGUAUCCAUGUAUUGUAUAGAAG